UUAUCCGCUUUAUGACAAUAUUAAAAUUUUCAAAUUUUGAGAUAUGUAAUCUUUUACUUCUGUAUUGACGAUAUUGACAAUAAUUCCAUUAUGAUUUUCUUCAAACCAGUUUGGGUUACUCAUGAAGAUAAAAAGCCAAUAUUUUCUAUAGACAUUCAUCCUAAUGGUAACCGAUUCGCUACAGGUGGCCAAGGGGAAUCUGGUGGUAAAGUAGUUAUUUGGAAUGUAGCACCACUUAUAGCAGAAGAUGCGGAAGUUGAUCCAAAUGUGCCUAAAAUUUUGUGCCAAAUGGACAACCAUUUAGCUUGUGUAAAUGUUGUUCGUUGGAGUAAUGAAGGACACUUAUUAGCUUCUGGAGGAGACGAUAAGUUGGUCAUGAUAUGGCGAUUAACCAAUGAAGGUGUCUCAACUGUGUUUGGUAGUGGAAAAAUCAACAUUGAAACUUGGAAAUGCAUAUAUACUCUUAAUGCCCAUCAAGGAGAUAUAUUAGAUUUAUCAUGGGCUCCUCAUGACGGCUGGUUAGCAUCAGGUAGUGUUGAUAAUACUGUUAUUGUUUGGAAUGCAGCAAAAUUUCCUGAAAAAGUAGCUGUACUAAAAGAACACACAGGAAUGGUCAAAGGAAUCACGUGGGAUCCCGUUGGAAAAUAUUUAGCUAGUCAAAGUGAUGAUAAAUCUAUAAGGGUAUGGAGAACUGGAGAAUGGAAAGAAGAAGUGGCUGUUACAGAUCCUUUCGUUGAUUGUUCAGCAACAACUCAUGUUUUAAGACUUUCUUGGUCUCCAGAUGGACAGUAUUUAGUCUCUGCUCAUGCCAUGAAUGGGGGAGGUCCUACCGCUCAAAUUAUUGAGAGAGAUGGUUGGAGGCAUGAUAAGGAUUUUGUUGGACAUCGUAAAGCAGUGACAUGUGUGAGAUUUAAUAGUAGUAUAUUUAAGAAAACUUCUGUGGAUAGUCCAAAAAUACAACAAUAUUGUUGCUGUGCUAUAGGUUCUCGCGAUAGGUCAGUGAGUGUUUGGUUAACAUCUUUAAAAAGGCCUCUUGUUGUUGUCAAAGAACUUUUCAAAGACAGUGUUUUGGACAUUUCAUGGAGCAGCAAUAGGCCUCUUUUAUUAGCUUGCUCAUGGGAUGGUAGUGUAGCUUGUUUUAUAUUUGAUGAAACUGAAAUUGGUACUCCUCUUUCUAAUUCUGAGAAAAAUUCUCUGUAUGAAAAAUUAUAUCACAAAUCAAGUUGGAACUUGGGAUUCACUGGAACACAGAUAGCUGAAAAUCCAGAAAUAUUAAGUGGGGCUGAUGAAGCACAAACAAGCUCCAAGACCAAAACGUUUCCUAAGGAUACAGAAAUUCCUGCUACUGAACCUCUCAAGGAAACCUCUUUUGAAGUGGAGACACCAAAAGUGAACCCUAACACAACAGUAUUUGUACCAGUAAAUAAACAAGUAGAAACCAGGCUUCCAUCAGGUAAACGAAGAAUAACACCGAUGCUUCUCACUCCAAGUGUACCAAAUACAUCUAAAGAUUCUGAAUUGACUAUAGAAAUUCCUAUGUAUGAAACAGGAACUUUCAGUAGUUCAUCCCCAAAGAAAAGCAAAAUAGUUGUUGAAACAUUGAAAGAGUCUCCAAAACAACAAAUAACAAAACCUACCUUGCCUCAACAACAUUCCCAAAUAGUUUUACAAGCUCCUGGUAACCAAAUUAAACAACUUAUAUGCUGUGAGGUACCUGGAGAUGAGCCUGUUACUCAAGUUAUAAAUAUUCUUGAUUCCCACAAAAUUCCUGUUGGUACUGCAGUAUUGAAGAAUAGUGUUAAUCAGAAAGUACAAAUUACAAAUAAAUGUCAUAAAACAUCCAAAGGAUUUUUAAGUAAAAUUGAAACGUUUAAGGCACAAAAGGAUAAGAAGAUUCAGUGGGAAACAUUUCUUGGUUCUGUUAUACGUUGUGCUGCGGUGAACCGCAAAAUGGUAGUUGCUUGUUGUGAGGACUCCUCAAUCAAUACUUACGAUAUUAAAUCUGGGGCUAGGGUGCUACCCUCAUUACUUUUGGAGGAUUCUGUCUCAGCGCUAAGUCUUUCUCAAGAUUGCUAUUGCUUGGUGCUUACUAAAACUGGACUAGUGAAUAUGUGGAAUUUUACUGAUGGAAAAAGCAUUUUGAGUAGGAUUUCAGUUAGGAGCCUUUUAACCAAUAAAGUUGUAGUUAGUGGCUUCUCAUUAUCACCAAAUAAUAUUCCGGUGAUAACUUUAAGUGAUGGUAGAGCAUAUUCAUACUUAAUAGAACUGCAGACGUGGGUAGUACUAUCAAACCCAUCGGAUCCCCUCAAUUAUGCAGGAAAUAGCUUGUCCAGAACACUACCACCUAAUUUGCCUUUAGUAUCGCUACAAAAACAUAUGCCAAAUCACAAUUCUAAUGACAACUACCCACCAGGUGUAACUCUGAGUUUCUUAGAAUCACAAGUUAUAUCUUGCAAAAUGCUAGAUUCUCCAAUUGAAUAUAAGCACUGGUUAAUGAAUUUAGUGAACCAUGUCUUGGAAAAAGGACCAGAAAUAAGAUUGCGCUCCAUUCUGGACAAAUUAAUGAUGGAGUGUUCUUCGAAAAAUAUUAAUGAAGCGGGUCAAAAGAAAACCCUGUUAAUGGACAUAAUGAAUGUUAUAAAGUCAAAACUGUUAUGGCAAAGACUUCAUAAGGAAUAUAUGGAACAGAUUUUAAUGAAUAAUAUUUGAGAAAAUUGAAUUGCAAUGCAAUCGAAAUUUAUUGCAGUUUUAUUGAAAAUCAUGUUAAAAACAUCCUUAUGAACAAUUAAAAAAUGAUAGGAUGGAUGUGAUAGGUGUGUGACUAAAACUGUGUUCUGAAAUACUUGUGAACGAGAACAUUGAAAAUUAGUAUAGUGACAUGACCUAUCCUGCUUAUGAAUAUAUUUUUUUCGAACAAAUUUCAUUCUACUUUCUGCAGAAAACUCAUGUACAAUUUACAUAUUUACAUAAUUUACCAUGUUAUGAGAGGGAGCAUAAUGUGAAUGCUCUGCAACAAGUUAUACCUACAUCUUCGUAGAUUUUAAAUAAAAGUUCAAAAUAUAUAAUACAAGCCAAUGUAA